UUUAAUAGAUUAAAAUCAAUUUUCGAAGAUGCAAAGUUCGUGAGUGAAAUAUCAAAUUUAUUACCAUACUUACCUGUAAUAGCAAAUGAAAGAUGCGGUACUUGGUAUGUUGACCCUACGAAGUUUGGUACACAGACAGUCUAUUUCAAAUCAACCGAUGGGCAUACCGGAAAAUGGGCAUUUAAUCUACGCAGAUUAAACGCUCAUCUUUUUAGUAUAAUCAUAAAACAUGGUGGGUGUAUAAUAGUAGAUUCGACGCGUCGUGGAAAACGAAUUCCUGAUUCUCAAUCAAAGACAAUUCCAAUUUGGUGUUGUACUAUUAAUAAUGCAGUCAAGAAAUUUCGCGAUUCUAUUACACUUGACUCAAAACCUAAUGGAGAAGCGUAUCUUACACGGAAUGAUGAACUUGAUGAUGAAUGGGAUACGGAAUUUCAUUCUCUCCCAUCUUUAAUUUCCAAAUCUGAACAUAAUCAGAUUGCUUCAUUAAUUCCUCAAUUUGUUCAAAAACUUCUUAAUUCAGGAUUUGAUAUUCAAUCUCUUUCGAACAAAUUAAAAAAACCCCUCAGGCCACUUUGGUUUACUCCGUCAUCAAAUAUAUUUCUUCAUAAUUUGCCAGAUUAUACUAGUAUGCCAUUUUAUCCAGUAAUUUGUUUAAGUGCAUCAAAAAUGGUCGAAUCAGGAGUUGAAAGAAGAAAAGGAUUCCUCUAUGUACAAGGAUCAGCUGAUGAUCAUGAAAUGUGGGCAAAGGGAUUGAUUCCUCCUUUAUUUUGGAAAUAUCAUGAAGAAAUAUUGAAUACAUAUAAUUUUAUUGAAUGCGAAAAGAUUGUUUCGCAAUUCAUUCAACAAGAAAGAUUAUUAAAAUUACACAAUUCUGAAUUGUCAAAUGAUUCAUUUAAUUUUGUAGGAAACACGAAUAUCGCAAUAGGAAAUUAUAAGAGUGCAUCUCCGCCUGAAUGCUGGAUGAAUUUCGAUUAUAUAAUCAAUUGUACACCAGAACCAUACACUUCAAAUGAAAAUACACCACCUUUUCCUUAUAAUAAAAAUUAUUUACAAUUACCAAUUCCUGAAGGUAAAAAAGGACGAAAUAUAUUCUAUUUAAAUAUUCCUAUUGCAUUAGAAUUUAUUAAAAAACCAUUAGAAGAAAACAAGAGAAUAUUAAUUCAUUGUAAACAGGGUAUUGAUAGAAGUUGUGGAAUUGCAUUAGCUAUUAUGAUAGAAUAUUUUGAUGACAAAGUUAUUAGAAAAGAAUAUAUUCAAAAUAAACUUUUAUAUAUAUUAUCAUACAGGACAAAGGCCAAUCCAACAAAAUCAACAUUAAAAAAAAUUAAUAUAUAUUUUAUGAGUUAA